GUCGUUGACGUCGUGGCCAACAGCACGUGCUAACCGAGGCGGCGCGUGCAGCAGCAUCAGUAAAAAAAGCAGCAGCAGCAGCAGUAAAAACAGCAGCAGCUGUGGUGGCCAGCAACAAUAAUAACACAAGCGUAUCAGGCGAAGAGCAGCCACAGCAAAAACAACACAACACACAAGAGCGCAGCUUUACUAUCGCAACAACAAAGGCUUUGGGAUAGGCAAGGAGGAGAGAAGGAGAGGCAGGAGGAGGAAGAGGAUAGCAGGGAGAUAGGAGAAAGCUAACUUGAGUGAAAUUUAAGCGGAUGAAGAAGUGGAAACAGCGAGACAAUACAUCAAUGCAGGCUAACUGUUUAAGUGUGUGAAAGAAAGAAAGAAUGCGAGAGUGAGUGACUGUGAGAAUGCGAAAAUAAAUUAGCUUUAGUUUGCACCUUGUUAUUUGCACCAAAGUCGUGAGUGUUUUAUAUAUUUUUGCUAUAAUAAUAAUACCAAAGAGAAGCCCAACCAGCAAGUAAUCAAAGUUAAUUUACCAACACAAAAGCGCCGACGUAAAUUCUAUUUACGCAAAUAAUGCUCAACAACAAGGGGGCAACCAAGAAAAAGAAGCAGAGCGGGCGCGUAAGUAGGCAACGGAGGAAUUAGAAGCAGCAGCCGCAGCAAACAGCGCAAACAGGAUACUUAAAAUAUCAAGGCAAAUACACACAAACACACAUACACACAGCUCAAAGCAGGUUCAUAUUUUUGGCCAAAAAACCCACGGCACGAAAUAAAUAUAAAAUAAACCCAACAACGCUGAGGUGUGUGGCCCAAAGGCAAGGCAAACAAACAGAGCCGAAAAAAGAAAAGGAAAAACGAACCAUAAAGAUGCCAAAAUGCUGGACAGAGAUUGAUGCUGGCUGCCAACGCACAGCAACUACAAAUACAAGAAAUGCAAUAACAACAAUAAGGCCAAGAAAAACGACGAACAACAACAGUGACAACCGCCAAAUGUGAGCAGACAAGCGACAGCAAUUGAGAUAUAUUGAUUUCGCCGAAUCACGUCGAUUAAGUCAUGAACGCACUCGAUAUGAAUAAACAAUUUCUGAGCGUCUCCCAGGACCAUCAGCACCAUCAGCAGACCUCGGUGGCAGACCAGCGGAGUCGCUCAAGAUCGGAGCGUGCCUCGAGUCUGGCACUGCCCCUCAACUCCCUCCUGGACUUCUACGACAAGCAGCAGGAGCAGUGCAAGUCGGUCACCCUGCUGCCGUUGCCCAGUUACAGCAGCAACAUCGGCGACGGCGGCAACACCUCUGGCGGCAACAUCUCCAGCAGCAACAGCAUCGUGCGGCGACACUCCUCCCACUACUACCCCAUGCUCGAGGACAAGCAGAAGCCGUCGCAGUUGCCCCAGGCAGCCACCGAAAUGCUUGUAAACAUGGCGGAGCAGAAAUAUGGCCAGUCAGCUUUCCAGGGGGCCAGCGCGGGAGGCAGGCAGUUUCCCCACCACCAACAGCAGCAACAGCAGCAGCAGCAGCACUUGGUGCGGGUGGACACCCCGGUGACGCCACCGCCGCCCAUUCCGCGCAGAAUGCUCCGUGGGAAGAGCGCCUGGCAGGCGUCGAGUCCGAGUGCCAAUCCACUGGCGACUGGCGGACAGGAAGGAGCCCACGCCACGGGCACGGUGUUUGUUUAUCCGCAGCCAACAAACGUGACCGCAGAGGCACUGGCUCGGGGGUCGGGCGAUGGACAAGGAGGAGGAGGAGCAGUAGGAGGAGGAGCUGGCCUGCAAUCAGCUCUGCUUGUUGACAUAGCCUCACGUCCGGCGAACGGAUAUGCGGAUGCCGAUGGGAUUUCCGAUGACGACCGCAUGAGUCUGGAGAACUCCGUGUUCGACGAGUCGCUAACCUCGACGCCCGUCAAGGUCGCCAGCUAUCUGGCCGGACGCUACUCGGGCCUGGGCCACAUGGCCAAGCGGGCCCAGCGCUCCUCGAGCAGCACAGUGGACUCUGCCUACGGCUCCUCGCUGGGCGGGCACAGUGAGCGGUUCGCCAGCAGCUCGACGAGCGUCGACUUCCGCAGUCGCUUCUCCUCGGUGGACACGCAGUCCUCGCUGGACGAGAAGCCCCUGUCCAGCUCGAUUGACUCACCCUUGGCCAGGGAUGCGAGGGAUACUAGGGACACCAGGGACACCAGGGACACUAGGGAAACCAGGGACACUAGGGAGGUGUACAGGGAGCGAACCGUACUAAACGAUGUCAUGCACAAGCUGAACAACAACAACAACACCCUGGCAUUGGCCCUCUGUCCGGCCAGCAAUAACAACAACGGAAGCUCGAGCAGCAGCGGAGGAGCAGAUGGCUCCAAGUUGCCAGUGGUUCCCGCCCGAAAGCAGCCACCUGCCGCCAAGGGCAGUGGCAACAGCAACAACUCGAUAAGCGAGUCCCAGUCGCAGUCCUCGAAGGAACCCAGUAGCGUUUCGGCCUCGGCCUCCACUUCGUCCGCUGCCUCGGCAGGAUCCAGCACCAUCUCCAGUGGCACCAUGUCCUCCAUGUCUGGACCCUGUCCAGCCACCGUGCCGGCCAUCGAUUCGAACAGCAAACGUCCAGGACCUCCAGAGCCACCAUUGCGUCAGGCGAACGUCUACGAUUCCGCGGAGAACACGGGAUCGCGGGGUCAUCCGGCUCCGCCGUUGACCGUACGGAACAAGUUGAGCCGCAACAAGCCGCCGCCCAUCGCCUACCCGAGGAUGCAGCAGCGGCAGGACUCCACGCUGUCCAGCGACAGCUACUCCAUCAGCUCCAGUCCGGGCUACAACUCCAAGCUGAUGGAGGCACCGCUCCUGGGCUCCCAGCAGGUGGGGCGAAAGACCAACGCUCCCGGCUCCGCUCAGCGACAAACUCCGAUGAUGGAUUUGGCUCCCACGAGGUUCUUGAGCGGCGGCAACGGAAGUGGCAAGCCGGCACCCGCAGUGCCGCCUCCGAGAGGUCGGACCAACUUCCGCCAGGACUCGACCAUCUCCAGCGACAGUUUUAGUCAGACGUCCAGUCCCGGCUACAAUCCCAAGCUCAUGGAAGCCCCGUUGCUGCCAUCUUUGUCCGCCAAGCGGCUCUGCAGUGCGCCAGCUCCGAUUGUGUGCCGUCAGGGAGUGCAGCACGAGCCCAUCGAGGAGUUGGAACCGCCGCAGACUAUCUCCCCGCUCCACAAGACGGCUGUUCCGCCCAGCAGCCUGCAGACCAUCGUGCGAUUCCAAAACGGAGCACCGCAUACCAUGUCCUUGCAGCAUCAGAUAAUCAACCGGCGGAAGAGCUCCAAUCCUUACAUCACCAACGGCCGCUUGAAGUUCCGCCUGUUCCAGAUCCUUAUCAACGCCUUCGCCCUGCUGGCCAUCGCCGGAGGACUGGCUGCCUACUUUAAUGCCUAUCCGACGAUCAAGUUCGUGAACAAGACGAUCAUCAACACGAUCCACGUGGAGGACAACACGAGUUUCGGAAAGAAUCCGGCCCCCGGAACGUGCCUACCCAUCAUCGUGCGAUUUUGCCAGGGUCCCCAGAUCCCUUACAACUAUACCGUGUUCCCGAAUUACAUCGGUCACUUUGGUCAAGUGGAGACGCAAACGGACUUGGAUUCCUAUGAGGCACUGGUGGAUGUGAGAUGCUACGAACUGGUGUCCCUGUUUCUUUGCACGCUUUUCGUGCCCAAGUGCGGACAGAGCGGUGCUACAGUACCACCUUGUAAGACCCUCUGCACGGAGACGAUGCGACGCUGCGGCUUCUUCUUCGACGUGUUCGGUCUGAGUCUGCCCGAGUACCUGAACUGCAAGCUCUUCAAGGACUUCCCCAGCUCCGAGGAGUGCGUGGGUGUGGAUGAGGUCCGCGAGGUGAUGCAGGCGGCCACGCAUCCCAAGUGCGAUGGCUUUCAGUGCGACCAGAACCGCUGCCUGCCGCAGGAGUACGUGUGCGAUGGCCACCUGGACUGCAUGGACCAGGCAGAUGAGGCGAAGUGCGAACGGUGCGGUCCGGACGAGAUCUACUGCGGUGAUAGCCAGUGCAUCGGAACCAAGCACAUUUGCGAUGGGAUCAUCGACUGUCCCUACGGCCAGGAUGAACGUAACUGCUUGAGGCUGAGUGAGCGGAACGGCGACGUGGGCACUGGGGUGCUGGAGGUCUACCGCAUCGGCCAGCGGCAGUGGAUGCCCGCCUGUGUGAAGAACUGGGAUCGGGCGGUGUCGCCCAGUGCCGUGUGCUCCAUCCUGGGCUACUCCGCCGUGAAUGCUACCAGUGUCCUCACCCAACGCACCCAUCGCCCCCUGUUGGCCUCGGUUAAUGUGUCCACCGACAUUUGGAAGGUGUACGCCAAGAGGAAGUCCACCCUGAUGCAGGAGUUUACCAACUGCAAGAAGACAGAGGACUAUCCGAUGGCCGAGCUUACCUGCUCCAAUUAUGAGUGUGGCAGAGUGAAGAGGGGCAGGCACAAGCCGUCGAGGCGUAUUAUUGGAGGGACCCAAGCGAAUCCCGGCAACUGGCCGUUCCUCGCAGCCAUUUUGGGUGGUCCCGAGAAGAUCUUCUACUGCGCUGGUGUCCUGAUAUCGGAUCAGUGGGUGCUCACGGCCUCGCAUUGUGUGGGAAACUAUAGCGUUAUCGAUCUAGAGGACUGGACCAUUCAGCUGGGCGUAACCCGUCGCAACUCCUUUACUUACUCGGGUCAGAAGGUCAAGGUCAAGGCUGUUAUCCCCCAUCCACAGUACAACAUGGCUAUUGCCCACGACAAUGACAUUGCCCUCUUCCAGCUGGCCACGAGAGUUGCCUUUCAUGAGCACCUGUUGCCCGUUUGUUUGCCGCCUCCAAGCGUCAGGAAUCUGCAUUCUGGCACUCUAUGCACUGUCAUCGGUUGGGGAAAGCGGGAGGACAAGGACCCCAAGUCCACGUACGAGUUCAUAGUGAACGAGGUGCAGGUGCCCAUCAUCACGAGGAAUCAGUGCGACGAGUGGCUCGAAAACUUGACAGUAUCGGAAGGAAUGGUGUGUGCCGGAUUCGAUUACGGAGGCAAGGAUGCCUGUCAGGGCGAUUCGGGUGGCCCGCUGCUGUGUCCGUAUCCUGGGGAGAAGGAUCGCUGGUUCGUCGGCGGCAUCGUGUCCUGGGGCAUAAUGUGUGCCCACCCCCGACUGCCGGGUGUCUAUGCGAACGUGGUGCAGUAUGUGCCCUGGAUCCAGGAGCAGAUCGCAAAGCACACUCGUCCCAUCAACGAGGAUCGGGUGAACAAGUACGAUCUGCAUCCGGGUGGACCCGACAUGCUGUCCAAAAUAGCCACUGAUCCAAUGCAGAACGGAAAACCCUACUACUACUCACACUCCAGGACCUCGUCCAACAACUAAUAUUGGCUACAGUGGAAAUACACACUGUAACACGGAGCAUAUCCAUGAAACAAUUGCACAAAAAACUGAAAAACAAAUCAGAACCGAUGGAUCCUGUAGGAUGCAUACAUAUAUUUUGCUACUGAACUUAGGGUAUUGGCCAUCCGGCUAACACCGAUUUGGGCAACAUCAUCAUAUGUCAAUUUGCCGAAUUUAUUUGUCAAUUUUUUUACAAAGAGAUUUCUAUGAACCCAAGCCCAAGGAAUCGACGAACCGAGUCAAACGAAAGAAAUUAACCGAAAAUGGGUGCAACCUAUGUCAAUACAUAUUGCAUACGCGAUUUAUAUAUUUACACGUAAAUUGAAGAUAACCGAUAUGUACCCGAUAUCUAACCAAUUGAUAAUUGUGUCUAAAUACCCCAAAAACCCGGACAAUAAUUCGUUUUUGUAGCUGGAUUUUGUGUUGAAAGGUCCCGGUAAAAACAUCAUGUGAAAAACGAGUAAGAAUUCAGAAAAAUAUAGCCAAGCAUAAAUAGUAGAAUCACAGCUAAUGAAUGUUGAAAAUUAAAACAGGAAAUAAGCAGAUCAAUUUAGACAAUGUGUAACUAUAACUAAACCAAAGAAAACAAGGAAAAAUUGCUGAUCUUGGGCAUUUGAUGGACUUAGCAGUAAGCUCUAUUCCAAAUAUGCUGUUUUAAAAGAAGGAUCUAUAUGAAACAAUAAAAAACGUGCAGUUGACAAUAAUAAGAAUGCACAAUAAGCAAGUAAAUGCAUAUAGCUGUAAGUCAUGAAAAUAUUAACUACAAUGCGUGGGUUUCAGCUUUAAAGAACACUAAAAGAAGGAAAUAAGAAUAAAUGACGAUGGUCAGAACAGAAGGAUUAUACUUAUACACAUAGCAUACGAUUCGUAAUAUUUUUGCGGUGAACUACAGAAGGUAUACACGCUUCGAUAGUGGAUAUGUCAAUGUAACUUAAUAUUUAGAACUAUUUACACGCCAAAGCAACUCGUUUGUCACGCCCCACUUAGACUGGCCGCUUUAGUCGAAGCUCAAAGUAACGCCCUAAUUUCGAUCCCCCCUCAUCAAUUAUCCUCAUGUGCCAUCUAGUAAAUACGAACGCUAAUUUGUAGGCACAACUGUUUUGCACAGGAAUCGUACGAAAAUGAAUGUAAAAUAUACGCGUAACUAAAGACUCAAAAUCGGUUGUUCAACACACAUUAUAAUACACGAGAAACACCCGAGCUUCGCGACGUGUAUAGCUUUGAUAUAUUUUUUUGUUUUCGAGUCGGAUUCGUGGCCCAGUUCGGGCGGAAUUUCAAUACCUCGAUGUUUUUCACUUAUCGGUUCUAGCUAAAACCUGUUGAAAUGCUUUAGACAAGAGAUUGCAAAUGUAUAACCGAUCACUACUAGACCUAGUUGGACAUAUUAUGCCUACCUAUAUACAUAUAUGCAUGUUUUGUACAAUCAGUUUACAAGUGGAAAGUAUUAUUAGUCUUAACGGGGGGUUAAUGAAGCGCAUAUUACACAAGGCACACGAUGUUUUAAGCGGAACAUGAACACAAACCAAUAUGUAACUGAAAUAUAUACAAGAAAUAUACAUAUAACGGAUACAUAUAUUCUAUAUAUAUAUUGUAGUGGUAGCUUUUAAGCAGAUGUGAUGGUGUCUAAAUUUAUACAUGCAUAUUACCAAGCGAUAAGUGGAAAGCUUAGAUUAUACUCGAGACAAAUCUGUGGGCUGUUGUAGAUCGAGCAUUCUAACUAUAGUGAGGGAGUACAGCAGACAGAUCCAGGACAAUACAUACUUAUAAAGAUAUACCCAUAUCAUAGGAAAUAUGCUUACUUCGAUAUUGUGCAUUGCAUGGAAAUAUAUCGGUGUGUUACUGAAAUCCCAAGGUGUCCGAAAUCAGGGAAUCUAUUCUUUCAUAGCACAUUUUAGCCAUCCCGAAGUGCAGGUGUUGAAUCACAAGAAAUUUAAGGCGCACCUCGGCGAGAUGAAGUUUGUGUUUUAACUCCCUUAGCUGUUGCCUUGGACAGUAAGCCACUCCUUCACCUUUUCAGUUUUCUGGGGUUUACUCUCCAUGUGCAUUUACGAUCACACGGAUCAUGGCGAUCUUUUUUUAUACACCCAUGCUCCAGGCUACUAUCAAAACGCUUAGCUUUAUGUACAUUUAGUCGAAAUCGAACACAACCCAUAUUAUAUAUAUAUAUUGUAGAUGUAAAAUGCUUAGCAUUGGCGAGUGGAGAGAGUGAAAUAAUUUACACGUGGCAUACAUUGCAAAAUAGAUAAUUACUAAGUACAAUAUGCAUACAAUCAACACGUCGACUCAGAAUUGUACAGGUCCCAUAAAUCCUAGUUGAAUUUCCGCGCUUAACGGGGACUGCGCCCCAAAGGACUCGAUUCAGUUCCGCAUGCUCCAUGUGCUUAGGAGGACACGACAUAAACACAAGCCCUAAAAACCAAAGAUCCCAAGAAAUUGUAGCGAAACGUUAUGUGUAAAUGUAGCAAAACCCAAAACCAGAAGCUGAUUAACAAACUAGUUGAAUUUACCUGUGUCGCGAAAAUAUUGAAGCUAGAAUAUGUACUCACGUAUCAGAAUAUUAUAUGUAAAUGUUUAAAGAUGAUCAUUUGAUGAGAAGCACUUGUUAUUUAUGCACAGACGGAACUUUGUGAAGAAUUUACAAGAACAAACUUUGACAAUAAAAUACAAACUGAAUUUUUUCCUGUGAGCUGGACAAGCGCAUCGGAGGCAUUGAGAAUUUAAGAACAGUUUUACAUUCAGAUUUUGAAGUUUUGAUGCGAAUCAGAGAAUAUUGUUGAACAUUUACUUUGGCAAACAAAGGGAGAAUAACCAUGACAAUAAGAUAGACAUUUGGUCAAUGUCCUACAAUAACUGGGAAAGUGCAGUAUCCUAAAUGUAACUACAAAAACUACACGCAGACACGUAUAACCAACUAAAUGCUAAAAGCAACAUGUCAUACAAAACAUGAUAUAUACUUACACACAUAUAUUAUAUAAAUGUUGGAAAAUAAAUGUAUAAAAAAAUAU